AUGCUGGGCAGCUCCGCUACCUCGAUCGAACUCAGAGAGGCUCCCGUCCACGAGCAUCAUCCCCUCAACGACGAUGAACCAUCAUCACCUCUUGCAGCCAAGACCAUUGCCUCUCAGCCUUUAGAGCGCUGGAACUACCCUCGCAGUAACCGAGGCCGCGUGUUGGCCGCCUUCUGGUCGCUCAUGGUGCUCGGCCUCGGAGAUUCCGGCUACGGCGCCAUCAUCCCCUACAUGAGGCCCUACUACGACCUCUCCUACACCCUCAUCUCGCUCGUCUUCCUCACCCCGUUCGUGGGCUACACCCUGUCCGCCUUUUCCAACAACUGGAUCCACACCCACUUCGGCCAGCGCGGCGCCGCCCUCCUGUGCGGAGGCUGCCACCUGGUCGCCUUCAUCGUCGUCUCCCAGCAUCCUCCGUACCCGGUCCUGGUCAUCGUCUACAUGCUCGCCGGGUUCGGCAACGGCAUCGGCGACGCCGCCUGGAACGCCUUUGUCGGCGCCAUGGCCAACGCCAACGAGCUGCUCGGCCUCAUGCACGCCUUCUACGGCGUCGGCGGCGUGCUGGGCCCCCUGAUCGCCACCUCCAUGAUCACCAAGCUCGGCCUGGGCUGGUACGCGUACUACUACGUCAUGAUUGCCGUGUCUGCCGUCGAGUUGGCCUUGCUAGUCUCGUCGUUCUGGCCUGUGACGGGGCGCGUGUUCCGGGAGGCGCACCCGACGACGACGGGCACGGGCACUGGAAAGGGCACGUCGAGCAUGCACGAGGCGCUGUGGCAGAUGCCUGCUGCUAGGGUGUCGUGGCUGUGUGCUGCCUUUCUGCUGUGCUAUGUGGGUGUUGAGGUUGCUCUGGGCGGGUGGAUUGUUACGUUCAUGAUCAAGGUGAGGCAGGGUGCUGCGUUUGCGAGUGGUAUGACGGCCACAGGGUUCUGGCUGGGGUUGACUGUAGGACGAGUCUUUUUUGGGUUUCUGACGCCUAAGCUGGGCGAGCGGCUGGCUUUGAUGAUCUACCUCCCCGCCGCCAUGGGCCUCGAGCUCCUCUUCUGGCUCGUCCCCCAGUUCAUCGUCUCCGCCGUAGCCAUCGCCCUUGUGGGAUUCUUCCUGGGCCCCCUCUUCCCGGCUGUCAUCAUCGCCGUCUCCAAGUCUCUGCCCAAGCACCUCCAUGUCAGCGCCAUCGGCUUCGCUGCUGCCUUUGGGGGUGGAGGCGGUGCCGUGCUGCCCUUUGCGGUGGGUGCCAUUGCCCAGUCCAAAGGUGUGGCUGUCCUGCAGCCUAUUGUUUUGGCCUUGUUGGCCGUACAGCUUAUGCUCUGGUUGGCGCUGCCCAAGUUUAGUAAGAAGCGUGACUGAGUAGGCUGGCAAUUACCGGCAGAAAGGGGGCCGGAAAUGAAGCAGAUGCUUGUUCUUUGAAAAAGGGAGUUUGCCUGCAUUUUCGUGGGAGUUGGUCUUGUGUGAUCUUACUGAAUAUAUAAGCACAUAGAUCUUUAUCGUUC